AUGGACCCAGAGGAUGUUCUGAGUGUCAGCAUCCCUCUGGAGGAACCACAGCGUCCUCUGCUGGGAGGAGCAAUCGUUCUACCGUGUUACUUUCAGGACCACAUAGUUCCAGACCCUGGAGCUCCAACCAUCGCUCCUCUAUCUCAUCGCAUCAAAUGGAGCCACGUCACCAAGGAAAAGGCCACGACCGUCCUCGUGGCCUUGGAAGGGGAGGUGCUUAUCGGCGACAACUACGUGGACAGAGUUCACCUGCUGGGAUACCCCAACACCCCGACCGACGCCAGCAUCAAGAUAUUUGAGCUGAGAUCCAGUGACACCGGAGUUUAUCGCUGUGAGGUUCAACAUGGCAUUGAAGACAACCACGACAUCGUCCAUGUGCAGGUUCAAGGUAUUGUGUUCCACUACCGGGCCAUUAUGGGUCGCUACACUUUGACUUUUGAGAAGGCGAAGGCAGCUUGUGCUCAGAACAACGCGGUCGUGGCUUCACCUGAACAGCUCCAAGCAGCCUAUGAUGAUGGUUUCCACCAGUGUGAUGCUGGCUGGCUCUCUGAUGAAACAGCCAGGUAUCCAAUCCGUGAUCCUCGUAUGAACUGCUACGGUGACAAAGAACAACUUCCUGGUGUCAGAUCUUAUGGCAUCAGAGACGUCAAUGAGACCUAUGACGUUUACUGUUUCGCUGAGAAGAUGACAGGCAAAGUUUUCCACACUACUGCUGCUGAGAAGUUCACCUUCUCUGAGGCAGCGGCGGCUUGUUUGAAUAAGGGAGCUCAGCUGGCCACCACCGGUCAGCUGUACCUGGCCUGGCAGGGAGGGAUGGACGUCUGCAGCGCCGGCUGGUUGGGAGACAGAAGCGUCCGAUAUCCCAUCAACAUCCGUCGGCCACAGUGUGGAAGAGGCAUGCUGGGGGUCCGAACAGUUUACCUCUACUCCAACCAGACAGGAUUCCCUCUUCCUGAGUCCCGCUACGAUGCCUUUUGCUACACCGGCUCUCCUGAUGAGGAAGGUUCAGGCAUCAUCGAGGAGGGAAGCGGCGUGCUGAGUGUUACCACGGUGACACGAAGCCCUGAGGUGUUUUUUGUGAGGACGACCACAGAGAGCGAGGCGGUUGGGGAGGUGGAGACUCGACAGCCCACCAAUGUGGACUUCAUCUACACUCAGAGCCCCAUCGAGAGCCCCAUUGAGAGCCACACAGAGACCUCCACCAUGACCCCAACCGAGAUUCCAACAGCGAGUCCCACCGAGACCCCAACAGAAAGCCCCACCAAGACCCCAACACAGGCCCCAACUGAGGGUCCCACCAAGACCCCAACCGAGGCCCCAACUGAGAGCCUUACCGAGACCCCAACCAAGGCCCCAACCGAGAGCCCUACUAAACUACCACUGCCUCAGCCGCCCAACAUCACUGACCACAUCGAGGCCGUCACCGCCCAGCCAGACGUAGGCAGGGAGUCCAGCAAAGGUUUUGAGAUGCCUCCAACUGGUGUGGUCUUCCAUUAUCGUCCAGGCGUUGGCCGCUACGUCUUCACUUUUGUUGAGGCCCAGUUGGCCUGUCUGAGCAUCGGAGGCUCCAUCGCUACUCCACAGCAGCUUCAGGCAGCAUAUGAGGCUGGAUUCCACCAGUGUGAUGCAGGCUGGCUACUUGACCAGACUGUGAGGUAUCCCGUUGUCUUCCCAAGAGAUGGAUGUGCAGGAAAUCUGGGAUUUGAACCUGGAGUUCGGUCCUACGGUCUGAGACCUGCAGAUGAGAAAUAUGAUGUGUACUGCUACACUGAGGGGCUCAAAGGAGAAGUUUUCCAUGUGAGGUCCGCUGAGGGUUUCACCUACGAUGAAGCUGCUUCCAGCUGUCAGGAGCAGAAUGCUGUGCUGGCCUCCACUGGAGAUCUCUACGCCGCCUGGAAAAUGGGUUUCGAUAAGUGUCGUGCCGGCUGGCUGGUGGAUCGCAGCGUCCGUUAUCCCGUCAACAACCCCCAUCCUCAGUGUGGAGCAGGAAAAGCAGGAGUACGCACAGUUUACGUUCACCCCAACCAGACUGGCUAUCCUGAGCCUGAUGCCAAAUUUGAUGCAUAUUGUUUCAAAGCGAACAUUCAACUUAUUGCAAAUGAAACUGGACUGAACGUCACAGAUAUCCAGGAGGCUCUCGUAAACCUGACAUCCAUUAGUGAUUUGUUAAGGCCUGAUCCCUCCAUCGCUCCUCCCAUCCCUGCGGAGGCUUCAGAUUCUGGGUCUGGAUCAGCAGACAACUCAGGGUCUGCAGUGAAUGGUGCCUCUGGAGAUCAGUCUGGUUCUGGAGGUCAGUCUGGUUCUGGAGAUCUGUCUACCUCUGGAGAUGGUGUUGCUUCUGGAGCUGGGUCUGGCUCUGGAGACCUGUCUGGUUCUGGACAACUGUCCAGUUCUGGAGACGGGGUCUUCUCUGGAGAUCAGUCUGGUUCUGGAGAUCUGUCUACCUCUGGAGAUGGUGUUGCUUCCGGAGCUGGGUCUGGCUCUGGAGACCUAUCUGGUUCAGGACAACUGUCUAGUUCUGGAGACAAGGUCUUCUCUGGAGAUCAGUCCGGUUCUGGAGAUCAGUCUGGCUCUGGAGAUGGAGUUAUCUCUGGAGUUGAAUCUGGCUCUGGAGACCUUUCUGGUUCUGGAGAUCAGGUGACCUCUGGAUUUGACUCUGCUUCUGGAGGCUUGUCUGGGUCUGGAGACCUGGCUGGCAGUGGAAGUGGAGAAUCAGGUCUCGGCAGUGCAGAUGUUUCUGGAUCAGGCCUCAGUGGAGAAGGAUCCGGCAUUUCUGUGGUUUUCUCAGGAACUGACAGCAUUGUCUCGGCAGAGGGCUCAGCUUCAGGAGGACUCCAAGAAGCCGCCGAGGGAAGCACCGGGAUCCUCAUCUUCUCUUUACCUGAUUCAGGCUCUGGAGAGCUCAGUGGUAGCGGGGAUCUGUCCUCGUCUGGCUCUGGUUCGGGUUUCGGCUCUGAGGAAAGUGGACUAUCCUCUGACAUGUCGUCUGGUUUCACCACCAGCCAGGACUUUUCUGGGUUUAGCGGUUUCCCGUCAGGGUUUGCUUCAGGAAGUGGUAGUGGACAGUCAGGAGACCUUUCAGGAAGUGGAGAGGCUCCAGUUUUCCUGAUAGACGAUGAACUGAUUGAGGCGUCCACAGCUAUUGCCCACAAGGAGCAUGAGCUGGGUGGAGGCCGUCUGGCGUUCAGUGGUUCUGGAGAUUUUUCAGGAUCAGGGGUUGCCAGUGGUGACCUCAGUGGCUCUGGUUUUGGAAGUGGCACUGAAUUCCUCUCUGGUGUAACCUUAAUGGGGUCAGGCUUUACUGAACUCAUGGGGUCGUCCUCUGGACAACAGGAGGCCUCUGGGUUUUUACUCUACAGCUCCGGAGAGGGUAGUGGUGAACAUUUGUCCGGAUUCGGAAGUUUAACGUUUUUUUCUGGGUCUGGAUCGGGAAUGUCUGGCUCAGGAAUGUCUGGAUCCGAGUCCUCUGCAAGCGGAGAUGAAGGCAGUGUUACCUUCCUGACUCGAGAUAUUAUGACGAAAACAGUCGGAGACACAAUGCCCUUUAUGGAGCUCGGACAGGGGCUGGUAGAGUACCUCGGAGAAGGAAGCGGCAGCGGUAGUGGCAGCGGCAGCGGCAGCGGCAGCGGCAGAGGAUUUUACUCUGGUAGUGGAGACUCCAGCACCAUGUUUUCAGGAGCUGCUUCUGGAGAUCAGGUGGUGGUGCCUUCUCCGUCCAGUGAACCAACACCAACAGAAAACAUCACAGAACCAGAGGAGGCCUUUAAUCGGACUGAACUUCCACAGACUCCAGGUGACAUCUACGUGACCAUCAGUCCUGCUCUUAUCCCUGCUGGACUGGCGGCUCCUCCUGUUUCACCAACCCCAUCCUCCGUACAGUCACCAGGCAUUACAGAAGGUGUCAACCUUUGCGAACCCAACCCUUGUGGGAACACUACAUGCACAGUGGAGGAUGGAGUUGCUGUCUGCGAUGGUGAGUCCAGCAAAUGGCAGGUAGAAGUGUGCGAUCCCAACCCUUGUGCCAAUGGAGCUACCUGUGUGGAGAGCGCAGACUCUUUCAAAUGCUUAUGCCUGCCGAGCUACGGAGGGAAACGCUGUGAGAUCGAGGAGCUGCAGUGUGAAGACGGCUGGACUCAGUUUCAGGGAAGCUGCUACCUUCACUUCACUGACAGAGAGACGUGGUUGGAUGCUGAGCAGCGCUGCAGAGACCUGAACGCUCACCUGGUCAGCAUCGUCACACCCGAGGAGCAGGACUUUGUCAACUCUAAUGCUCAGGACUACCAGUGGAUCGGACUGAAUGACAAGACAGUAGAAAAUGACUUCAGGUGGACAGACGGGACUCCGAUGGAAUAUGACAACUGGAGGCCAAACCAGCCGGACAACUACUUUAACUCCGGAGAGGACUGUGUGGUGAUGAUCUGGCAUGAGAACGGCCAGUGGAACGACGUCCCCUGUAACUACCACCUUCCAUUCACCUGCAAGAAGAGCCCAGCAUCUUGUGGAGCCCCUCCAGAAGUGGAAAAUGCUCGAAUGUUUGGUAAGAAGAAGCUGGUUUAUCCCGUCAACGCCAUCAUACGCUACCAGUGUAACCCAGGCUUCAGACAGCGUUAUCUGCCGGUGGUUCGCUGUCGAGCAGACGGACUGUGGGAGAAACCUCAGGUGGAAUGUACUGAUGUGAAAUCCAGAAAAAGAAUAAAGCCUGCAGCAAGCAUCACUAAGCAGUAAAAUAAAAGGAAUUUACUGUUUGAAAAGGACAUUCAUAGCACUCAGAAAUCCAUUUUCUAUAUUAGUGAUUUGCUGGAAGGCCCGUCUGAAGGGUGCUACGUCAUGUGAUCUUUGUUCUUCCUGUCCCCUGAACCUCCUAAUAUAUUUUAAAUAUAUAUAAUAAUUUUAUUGCUCUGAGUUUGUCUUGUGUGUUGUAAUGUGUAUUUUGUUUGGUGAAAUCAUUGCUGGGACUCUUUGUUUUACAUUUGUAACGUCUGUCUGGUUCGCUGGAGUCGAUGGAUGCUGGUGGAAAACUGGUUCAUGCAGUCCGGAACCCAACAGUCAUGAGUUUGCUGUUUCUUUCUUUUUGGGGGAUUAAAGAUCCUCCUCUGGCAAAGUUAAAGGGAAAAUGCCUCUUUGGAAGUUCACGUCAAUCAUCCGGGCUCCCUCCAAUGUUUUCUGUCCUUUCUGCUGGUUUCUGCUCUGUCAGAGCAGUUGAAGGAUUCAUUUUCCUCCUUUAGAAGAAGCACUUUGCUGCCAUUUGUUCCUGUAUUGCAUGAAAACUGGAAGUCCAACACAGGAAACUUGGUGUAACUUUCUGCAGGAUUAUUUGUAGCUUUUCGGGGGCCCAAUUUGCAAUUAAUACACUAAGAUAUAUCAAAUCUGCAUCACAUUCCAUAUCAGAGAGACCAAAUGCUGCAGUUUGGACAUAAGAAAUCUUUAUUUUUUAUUAAUUUAAGGGACUAGUGCUGCAUUAUUGUUGGAAAAAAGUAACAUUGUGAGAUCUACUUUGUGAUCUGUAUUGCGAGAUGAAUAAACAACAACAAUUUUCACUAGAAUUGUGAAUUAAUUACAGACAGAAUUAAUUAUUGCACACGGAUUGGAGUGAUUUUGAAGGUAAAAAAUAUACACUACCAUUCAAAAGUUUGUUAUCACUCAGAAAUGCCCUUAUUUUUGAAAGAAAAGCAGUUAUUUUUUUCAAUGAAGAUAACAUUAAAUGAAUCAUAAAUCCAGUCUAGACAUUGUUAAUGUGCUAAAUGACUAUUCUAUCUGGAAACAGCUGAUUUUUAAUGGAAUAUCUCCAUAGGGGUAUAGAGGAACAUUUCCAGCAACCAUCACUCCUGUGUUCUAAUGCUACAUUGUGUUAGCUAAUGGUGCUGAAAGGCUCAUUGAUGAUUAGAAAACCCUUGCGCAGUUAUGUUAGCACAUGAAUAAAAGUGUGAAUUUUUACGGAAAAUAUGAAAUUGUCUGAGUGACCCCAAACUUUUAAACGGUAGUGUACGUAUUUCUUAAAAAAAAAAAGAAAAAAAAAGAUUAAAACAGGCUAUUUAUUUAUUUUUAGACCAGUUUUGGAAACUGGAGUUUAAUUUCCCUUUACAUAAAAUACAUUUUUGUUUCUCGAAUAGUGGCAAAUGACAGGAAAAAGCAAGAAUUUCUGUCCAGUAAGGAAACACUGACUCAUUUCUUUUACUGUGAUGUAUAGUCGUCCCACAAAAUGCCCAUAAUGAACACAUUGAUUUAUGUAGUAAACAAAAAGUGCUUAAUUUUAGUUAACAGGGUAUCUUUGUUGUAAGUUAACUGGUGGAAUUUUUUUUUUGGCCUUUUAAGUAUUUGUUUGAGACCGAGGAAGCAAUAAUAAACUGAAAAACAACCUCAUUCAACUGCUGUAGUAACCCAUAUUAUGGCAAAAACUGCUCAGAAAUGUUGCUUUUUUGUACUUCUUUGUUUACUACAUAAAUUCACAUGUGUUAUUUUAUCAUUUUCAUGUCUUCUGUUUUGUUUUACACAGUAGGAAAGUGUAAAAGUCAGGAAAUGUCUUGUACUGUGAACAUUCUAUGCAUCUAAAUGACUCCAUAGCUCUAAGGUGGUUGUUUCUGGUUUGCUAAAUGGUUAAAAUCGAUCCCCUCAAUGAGCAGAAAGAGGAAAAGAUGAUGAAGAGGUUAUUUUAAGUGAAACUAGAACACUGUUGUGAGAAUGAAACCUUUUCUGGACUGAGUCAGUGAUUCUUCACCAGGUACUGUUCUGUUCUCUGGACCCCAGCAGCAUCAGCAACACACUCCUACUGACUUCCUGUUUCAUAUUUAGAUGAUAACAAUAAUAAUAAAUUUGUUGUUUUCUGUGAUCAGUCGCUGAUCGUCGUCCACUGGAGCUGUGCAGUGCGGAGUUCAUCUGUGGACGAAGCUCAGCGACUCUGUUUCGUGUUUCAGAAGAAAUAACUUUGCCGUAAACAUCACAGUUUUUUUUUUUGUUUGAUUUUUAUUUGUUUCUCUGACUUUGACUGCUUCCAUUUGUGCACUUGUUUAAUGUCAUUGUUACUGUAUGUGGGGGCUGUGCCUCUCUCAGACAUGAUGUCACCUGCUGCAUAAUAAA